AUGACAGCCACCAUGCCUACUGUUCCCACACCCAGCAAUGCCACACCAGGGCUACCUGAUCCGUCUUUGAAGCACCUCAGAACCGUCACCCUCGAUACUCCAGCUCAUGUCGCUUCGCCUAUCGAUACUCCAGCUCAUGCCGCUGCGCCCAUCGAUACGCCCGCUGCUGCGGACCCAGCUUCACCCGUACCCAUCGGGAAUUCACCUUUCGCUCAUAUGCGCCAAAAGAAGGAAUAUCAGACCCUGACCAGGCUGUUUGAAAGCUUCACCAAGGAUAUCUCCAAGUCCGAAAUCAAGAGUGAAAAGGCUGAGAGCAAGGGCAAAGGCAGAUCCCGGGUGAAACCUGUUGUUGACCCUUUGGGAUCACUGUUCCAAGGGCUCAGAUUCUGUAUCCCGCCAGAACUUGGUCCAGCGUCCAAGCACGAUCAGCGAUGGAGGAUCAUCGCAAGCCUUGGUGGUCGAGUUACGCUGCAGCCCGAUACUGCCAUCACGCAUGUCAUUCACGAUCGCUCCUCCCCAUCAAUCCUCUGUCAACAGCUCGGAAUAAGAUCACUGACAGACUUGCCUAUCGGUUGUAUAUGCGUCAAGUGGGACUAUGUUGCGAGAUGCAAAAUGGCCGGGACUAUACUCCCGCCAAAGGCCUGGCUGAGCUUUCCGGAGACUACAUUGACUCGCCAGGCGACGUACAGGACCACGACCGCUGGAUCAACUCGCGUAAGCGACAUCACUGCGUCACGAACCUCAAGCAUCAAUCGGAAACGACCUGAGACCGCCUCGGAUUCCGACACAGAGUCCUCGAAACGACCUCAUCGAGGACCAGGGCUCCGAACUGCGUCAGCGCUACUCAGUCGCAGUCGACGAGACCGACAGAUGGAUGUCGCGACCAAUCACACCUUACCAUCGGGACUGGGGUGGGAGGACGCGCCAGAAGGCGAGGCAGAUGGGUUGGAUGCAUUGAUUUCAGGCGUGAAAAACGGCACUGCGAGUGAUGACGAGGUGGGCGUCCCGAACCGAUUAGAAUCGUCGGUAGGUCGUGAGGCGAAUCCCGACCGCCGGGGCGACUUGUUCAAAUGCGGACAAGCUCAUGAUGGAAAGAGCGGUAAAGGUCCAAAUGAGUGGUUGGCCAGCAAAUUCGAUGACAUGCACACGAUGUACUCAGGCAUGAAGGGAAAGAAUGAGUUUGCGAUUCGGCAGUAUCAGCAAGGUAGGGCGCUGAAUAUGGCAGGCACGACCGAUCCCAUCACCUCUGGCGCCCAGGCCAUGAAGAUCAAAGGAAUUGGACAAAGCAUUGCAGACAGAAUCGACGAAUUUGUCUCUGGCACCAAGGGUCGUCAGUUCUACGAGAACACCGAACAGGUCCAGAUCAUUGCUCAAUUCCGUAAGAUAUACGGUGUCGGCGCGACAUUCGCCACGGAGCUAUAUAAGCGGGGUGCUCGGAGUAUAGACGAUCUGAGGACGGGUGAAUAUGGCUUGAGCGGUGGUCAGGCGAUUGGCGUGGAGCUGUUUGACGAUCUCAACACGCGCAUACCUCGCGCUGAGUGUCGCGAGAUAUUCGAUCUGAUCCGGGCGGAAACAGAAUCCAUCGAUAAGAAAGUCUGGAUCGAAAUUAUGGGCUCCUACAGACGAGGGCAAGAGGAUUCAGGCGAUGUGGAUAUUCUCAUCACUCGACAUCCGGAAGACGGGUUGACCCACGCUGGAGUCCUUCAGCGACUCGUCAGUGGAUUGAGCAAACGAGGGAUCAUAACGCAUGACCUGUCAAUCCCACACGACUGGAUGGCUUUGGAAGCCAAGUGGAUGGGUAUCUGUCGAUUGCCUCCAAAUGGGAAAUAUCGCAGACUGGAUAUUCUUUGUAUUCCGUUUGAGCAGUGGGGAGCGGCUCUGAUCUACUUCACGGGGAAUGAAAUCUUUAAUCGAAGUAUGCGUCUGUACGCCCGUAAGCGAGGGUACAGCUUGAAUCAGCGGGGUUUGUCACAUGGUGUCAUACGGGGUAAGGACGGGCUCAAGUUUACAGAGGGUGAAAUCAUCGCGUCGAGGACCGAGCAGGAGAUCUUUGAUGUAUUGGGACUUCGUUGGAGACAUCCACAUCAUCGUCGACCGUAA